UAACGCGCGUCAUCAGCCCAACGAUUACUCCCCUACCCCGCACGGAAGCAGCAGCAGCGGCUGCCGCACUUCUCCAGCCCGUACUCCGUGCGCCCGGCAGUAACUCAGCAUCAUCCGUGCUUCCUUCAGCAUUCCCGGAUUUUCUUCCUGCCUUCCUUCAUCCGCGCGCCGUUAAAUAAUUGAAAGCGCUGAUCCUGCCUGCCACUGCUGUUUGUGGGCCCAGGAAGAAAAAUAACCGUGAUGGUCCGCCUACACGGCCGAACCCCGAACAAGCGGGACCACGAGGCGGAGAAACCCCUCCUCCCAUUGGCUAUCGGGGAGCUGAAAGACGAGCCUACGGGCAGGGUCACGCUCCAGCCCGACCACGACUUCGCCCACUCUGAUACCCGUGAGAAGGCCCGUAAGAUCCCGGGUAUCAAAGUGCUGGACACCGGCAAGGACAACUCCUGCAGGUUAAAGGCCACUAUCCUGUUCCUGGUCGCUCUAGCUUUUGCUGCAACGGCCACAUGUCUGGUUGUAUGGAGGGUGUACUACAACGGUGACCAGUGUCCACCUGGACAGCUGAGAAAGGGCAACCGUUGCUUUUUCUCCAUCCACCGCACGCCUGGUGCCUACUACCCACGGCCGAGCCCUGAACACUCGUCCGGCGCAAAGAACAACGUCAACAACAACAACGCGGAGAAAGGGCAGCCAUCGCACCGCCACAUCCGUCCCGAGGGAAGGCAUCCUGACGAGGUACGAAACCGUCUGGAAGCGGUGGCUACUCUCCACCCACCAUCUCCAGAUCAUCACAAAAUACCAGUGUUGAAGACAGAGCACUGGUAUCCUAAGCCGUUCUACCAUGUCGAAACGGGCUUCUUCCCGCCUGAGUGGCUCAAGCCAAGGCCCACCAAGCACGCCCCCACCACCUCCACGCAUGAUAAUCCACCAAAGGUCAUUCAGAAGCCAACUGAGGUUCCGCGGACGCGCCGGCCCUUCAGUGGCAUCUGGAAAGCCCUUGGGCUGACUACGGAGCAAUCCGUAGUACCUACACCGACUCAGCCUGCUACUAGUACCAAACAACAGCAGACCACCACCGUCAAAGUCACCACGGAAAAGCCCAAAACCACGCGGCUGCCGACGUCAGCACCAAGUACCGCGCCGGGACCUGUAACUCUUAAAAACACCACACCUCUUUCGACAACUAAAAUGGUUCAAACGGCCACUACUCAAUCACCGCCACCAACUACCAAGGCGCCUAUAGUAACAACAACUGUCCCACAUCAACCUACACCGACAACUAAGAUAGAAAAGACCCUUCAAGCUGUGACCACCUACAAACCAUCCGAAACUAUGAAACCAGUAAUUGCCACCACCCGUAAACCAGCUUCGACCACCACCAUGUUCGUUCAAGAGACAAUAACUAAUAAAGCAGAGUCAGAAGCAACAACUCCAAAGCUGGGUCAAGAUAAAGUCACCACAGCUAGUCAAAGCUCUCUGGUCACCCCAACGACAGCUCUUCCCCCGGUAAUGUCUACUGCGACUUCGCAAGUUCCCGUUAGCAGCACGUUGGCCAGAAAAACAUCAGGGCCUCGUGAUGCAAAGACGCGUGGAAUUAUCGUAACUACUGUUUCUCCGGCGAAGAUGAAGACCACCAUGGAAACUAGUACCAUCACACCGAAGACUGAAGUCAUCACAAAGCACACCAUUAGUCCCAGUAUUCGGGGAACAACGGCUCCUGCUACCCAUAUUCCAACAGGUACUGCUGACAUUACUACUAAAGUAAAUCAGAUGCAGGGAGACCAGCCUAUACUCAACAACCAUAUGAAGGUGACACCAGCGGCUACGCAGAAACAAACGGUGACUCCUACAGCUGUGAACGUCCUCCCUUCACCGACAGCAAAGAUACCAACCGAGUCAGCAGUACCAACUUCAUCAGUUGAGAAGGCAACAACCACCCCACCAAAGCGCACGGUUCCAGACCAGAAGACGUACCAAACGGUGCCCAUGGUGAGAAUCAUACAGGAAGCUGCCGAUGUCACAAGUGCUCCCGACAUGAAGACGUCGACCCGCCAAGUUCCAACUAUGGGAUCAAAUAAAACGGAGGCCAGAAAGCAUGCACCUGUGAUUCAACCUGAAGUGGCGAAGCCCACGUCCGUCAGUACUACCUUGGCACCACAUCCGCCACAUCUGUCCACCCGGCCAUCUAUUGAGUUCGUCGCCACGCCGACAGCUUACCGGACGCCGUGGCACGCCUUCACCUCUGACGACACAACGGGAGCCAAUGAAAAUGUGUCGUCCGUCACGGCAGUACAAGGUGACGUAACGGCCUUGGAGACAGCAACCGUGACGUCAUCCACGCCGAUCGAAUUUUUCACCGCAACAGAAAGUAUGACGCCAAAUGUCUCUCCAAAGGAAACUAAGCAGUCCACGCUUGCCUCCGUUACAAAGAGCACCGCUGAUCAGGAGAAGUAAUGUGUUUGAUUAUGUACAGUGAUUGAACGUAAGACGUCCACCACAUAAAUGUUUAACCAGAACAUGUGGUAGUGAAAUGUACAACGUUUCGUCCGGGAAUCUGUUCACGCCAUUGGAAAGAUAAGAAGAGGAUAUAUAUAGUUUUGCGGUGGACCGAAGAGUGGAUUCAGUUCCAAAUACGCUUUACUGAAAGAAAAUAUGCUGGACACAAUAAGAUGGCCUAGCUCAUUUGUUCGGUGAAUAGAUGUUUAUGGACGGAAUAGACUCCAGUAUUUGGCGUUUUAUACAAUGUGGAUGUUUGCGUUGAGAAUGUGACGUUAGCUAUUUGUCGUCGAGAUCAAGCGAUAUCAGGGCAACAGUAACAACACGUAGGAUGACACAUGCAGUGGACAACCCGACUGUCGACAGUCGUGCUACAUUUGUAUCAUUGGAGCUAUUACAGCACUGAAGUACAAAUUUCUGAUGUUUCAUGUCCGAAUAACUUUAUCCACAUAUGCAACAUUUCCUGUUCUCCAAAUCACAGACCAAUGUUGGUAAAGUGCUUUCCGUAACGUAUGUGUGAAAAAAAUCAGUCUUCACGUAACGUUUGGUAAUCGAUGCAUUGCUGUAUAAAACCACAAAAUGCCCUAUAAAGUCAUCGCACAUUAUCAAGUACCAAUCCAUAUCAAAGCAAAAGCAAAAAUUAAUCAACAGGUUGUCACUUUUAGGACGACAGCUUUCUACCGUCACAUCUAUGUUUUUACACAACAUAGUGUUUGGAGACGACUAUAGCAUUAACCCGCAGAAAGCUGGCCGCAUAUCUGUAAUUUGAGACACGAAGGAAUCGUUCAAAAUAAAUAGGGAUUUAAAGACAAUUUGACUAAAAGGAAACAUUUCAACACUUCCAAAUUUGAAUUAGCAUAUGGUGUUUACAAAGCUCUCAUACGAUAUCCCCAGUAAUACAACAAGAAUAUAACAUGGUCAUGUGCAGGACAGGCGAACAGGUCGCCGAACUCACGUCGGCAAGUGACUGUUUGCCUACUCCAUUGUCUCUCGAGACACCAAUGGUUUACUUCGCUGCACACCUUGUACAUCUUUCCAGAACACCGUAUGAUAUAAAAGUGGAAUACCUGAUUUUGAGAAACGGCUCCUUAUGGUAUCCUGUCAGAAUAAUCAAAUGUAGCGUUGAUACUAUAAUGAAUAUAAAUCGAGUUAGUGAAAGCAUUUUAUAAUAGAUGUAAAAAAAUUGUACGUUGUGCAAACAUUGUCAUGUUCUACCACAAUCAUGAUGUUAGAUAUACUCAUUUAGGAACAAACCACACAAUAAUACAGCCAUCUUUUGAAGAAUCACGCAACCAAAAUGAUACAUAUCUGACAGACAGGCAAAGUUCCGUGAGAUCUGUGUGGAGAAAAUGGUAGUUCUAGACAAAUGGUAUAUAUAAUAUAUAUCUCUCCAUAGAUGGAGGAAAAGUGUACUAUAAUGGUAUAGCAUGUCGAUGUGGCAGGCGUUUCAUUUUCGUGCAAAUAAACCCGAACCAGGCAUUACC